AUGGCCGGCGACGAGUACUCAACCGCCGGUGGCGGCGGCGGCAAACUCAAACUCAAGGGCUCCAAAAUCAAAGACGGCCGGGUCGACAAGAAAAAGAAGAAACAGCAAAAGGAAAAGGACAAGGACAGCCUAAAGCCAACAACAACUGGUGGCGACGACGCGCAGAUAUCAAAAGAAAGCCACAGCGAAGAUAACAACAAUAAUAAUCAAAUCGCAACUGCAAAAGAAAGAGCAGACGACGAGAAUGCUUCGGGCCAAGAAGAGGGAUCCGACGAGAAGAGGGUAUUUUUCAAGACCGAGGCGGAGAGGCGAUAUGAAGAGCAACGGAAGAAAAAGGUCAUGCUAACUCGCGACAAGCUCAACGACCGUCUUCGCCGCGAAGGUGUCAAGACUCAUAAAGAACGAGUCGAGGAGCUCAAUCGGUACCUGAGCACGUUGAGCGAGCACCACGACAUGCCCAAAAUCGGACCAGGGUAA